AUGAAGGACUACUUCAUACAUCAGAGCCACAUGUCCUCUGGAGCCUGUCCUCAAGAGCUGUCCUCAAGAGCUGUCCUCUGGAGCUGUCCUCUGGAGCUGUCCUCUGGAGCCUGUCCUCAAGAGCUGUCCUCAAGAGCUGUCCUCUGGAGCUGUCCUCUGGAGCCAGUCCUCUGGAACUGUCCUCAAGAGCUGUCCUCUGGAACUGUCCUCUGGAGCUGUCCUCUGGAGCCUGUCCUCUGGAGCUGUCCUCAAGAGCUGUCCUCUGUAACUGUCCUCUGGAACUGUCCUCAAGAGCUGUCCUCUGGAACUGUCCUCUGGAGCUGUCCUCUGGAGCCUGUCCUCUGGAGCUGUCCUCAGGAGCUGUCCUCUGGAGCCAGUCAUCUGGAACUGUCCACUGGAGCUAGAAAAGAGCAGCAGAGCCUUGUUAUAGAGCUCGGAGCUAUGGGUGAUGGAUGGCCCUCGUGGCUUCCCGGUGCAGGCUGCUGGAGCAGGAAGAGCUGUCAGAGACCGGACUCGGAACGAGAGGACAGCCAUGCCUGUGUCCUCGCGAGAGACUCAGCCGUGAGGGAUCGGAGCGCACCCCCACCCCACAUCAACCCCCCGGAGGAGCAGGACAGCCCGGAGAGAGCGGUGCAGAAGGAGAAGCUCCAUGCUGAACUGAAGCGAGUGCUGAGUCAAAAGAGGAGUGUGCGCGACAUGGAGCCAGAAGCAGCCGAGCAGCCCACAACGGCAGAGGGCAUGCCUGAGGAUGUGCAGAUUGUCAUGGAGACGGAGGCAGAGGCGGGAGCCAGCGGUUACAGUGUGACCGGAGGAGGACACCAUGGGAUUUUUGUGAGGGAUGUUCUUAAAGACUCUCCGGCUGCAAAACACCUGAGUCUGCAGCAAGCCGCCCGUCUCAUCACACACACCCCCUCCAUCAACCACAUGACCCCUGUCCUCACCCCCUCCAUCAACCACAUGACCCCUGUCCUCACCCCCUCCAUCAACCACAUGACUCCUGUCCUCACCCCCUCCAUCAAUCACAUGACCCCUGUCCCCACCCCCUCCAUCAAUCACAUGACCCCUGUCCUCACCCCCUCCAUCAACCACAUGACCCCUGUCCUCACCCCCUCCAUCAACCACAUGACUCCUGUCCUCACCCCCUCCAUCAACCACAUGAACCCUGUCCUCACCCCCUCCAUCAACCACAUGACCCCUGUCCUCACCCCCUCCAUCAACCACAUGACCCCUGUCCUCACCCCCUCCAUCAACCACAUGACCCCUGUCCUCACCCCCUCCAUCAACCACAUGACCCCUGUCCUCACCCCCUCCAUCAACCACAUGACCCCUGUCCUCACCCCCUCCAUCAAUCACAUGACCCCUGUCCUCACCCCCUCCAUCAACCACAUGACCCCUGUCCUCACCCCCUCCAUCAACCACAUGACUCCUGUCCUCACCCCCUCCAUCAACCACAUGAACCCUGUCCUCACCCCCUCCAUCAACCACAUGACCCCUGUCCUCACCCCCUCCAUCAACCACAUGACCCCUGUCCUCACCCCCUCCAUCAACCACAUGACCCCUGUCCUCACCCCCUCCAUCAACCACAUGACCCCUGUCCUCACCCCCUCCAUCAACCACAUGACCCCUGUCCUCACCCCCUCCAUCAACCACAUGACCCCUGUCCUCACCCCCUCCAUCAACCACAUGACCCCUGUCCUCACCCCCUCCAUCAACCACAUGACCCCUGUCCUCACCCCCUCCAUCAACCACAUGACCCCUGUCCUCACCCCCUCCAUCACCACAUGA